AUGAUAGAGACGAUUUUAUAUGCUGCUCUGGCAAUUUUAAUGGCGCACCUCUUGUUUGGUGUGGUUCUCUGGUUUCGAGUACGGAAGUUCUAUUCUUAUCCUAAUGUCUUGGGUUUUCCCGUUAUCGGGAACCUCUACUACUUCUACAGAACACUAUUCCUCUUUACCGCUGAUAGAACUCUUAAGUACGUCAUCCCAGUGGCUGAAGAACAUGGAAAAGAUGGAUUAUUCUUCCACUGGAUGUUCGGUUCCAGUGUAGCGGCCGUUAUUACGUGUCCUCAUCUUCUGAAGAAAUUGUCAUAUCACCCCAACCUGGCUGAUAAGCCUUAUGCAGCGUACAAAGGAUUUCAAAUUUUCAUGGAAGGACCGUUUUCUGUUCUACGUUCUGAUGAUGUGUGGAAACAGCAUAGAAAGGAUUACAAUAACUAUUUAAAGAAAUCUCGUGUUGACAAAGAUUAUUUUAAAACUUUUACUAAAAGUGCCGACAAAUUGGUGGAUAUUAUGUUGGAAACACCAUCUAGUGUGGACGCGAACGCUGCAUGCACAGCUGUAUCGCACGACAUUUCUAUGAAAACUAUGUUUAGUGUUGAGACAAGUUUAGUCUAUCGUCCCGAGUGUUUAAGUUAUAUAUACAGGAUAAAGGAUAUUUCAUCGAUUCUUUUCUUGAACGUUCUUAUAAUCAGUCCAUUAUUUCACAUACUGCAGCCAUUAUCAGAUUUAGCCAUUGGGAAAUUGACAGAAUUGCGGAAAUUGAUUUUGGAAAAGAUAGAUCAUCAGCUGAAAUCAAACCAAACCCCACUUCAUGAACUGCCCUUCUCGACAUACCUGGCAUUAAAGAAUAGAAAAGAUAAUGGAAGCAAAAGACAAUUAUACAACAAGAUUCAUGAAUUAUUCCUAACAUCUGGGCACACUAUUUCUGUUCAACUAGAAAAUAUGAUUUGUUUUUUAGCAGUCUUACCUGAUAUUCGAGAAAGAGCUUGGCAAGAGCAAUAUGAAAUAUUUGGCAAUGAUAUCAGAGAUCCAACCAUUGAUGAUUUAAAUCAAAUGAACUAUCUUGACAGGUUCCUGAAAGAAUCCUAUAGAUUUCUCAAAGUUCCACUUCUUGCAAGAAUGGCUACUGCAGAUAUAAAUGUAGAUGGAAUAACAAUACCACGUGGCACUGUUGUAAUUUACUUAAUGGGGUAUAUGAAAUUUCUACCAAAAUAUUGGGAGAAUCCGUACAUUUUUGACCCAGAUCGCUUUCUGGAAGAAAGUGAUUUGUUAAAAUGUAUUUCCUCGCCAUUUGGAUUCGGUAUUAGAAACUGCCCAGGUGAGUAUUAUGCAACAAUAUUAAUAAAAAUCAUAUUGUCCAAAGUGUUAAGAAGACUAAAAUUUAGACCAGUUGAAAAAGAUUUCCGGUUUGAAGAUAUCAAAUUUAAGAGUUACAUUUUUACGGAAGCAGAGAAUCCUCCUAAUCUACAAGUUGAAGAAAGAACAUGA